UAAAUAAAAACUGGUUUGACAACCCUGCUUUCCACCUACAACUGUCAAAUCCUGGAUUGUGAUGCAACCUUGCGUUGUGACAGGAAAAAUUACAACCACACACCAAGAAGAGCAGGAACGAAAGUGCUUACAGCAGCAAAGCAGGAGUACGAGCUAUUCAUCAAUCAAAAGUACACCUAAUUACGUUAACUAGCGUGUACGGUUGCCACAAAAAAACGGGUGCAAAAUGUUUCGCACGAAAGCGAAACCCGCACUGGUACGAUUAAUCGGUGCAUCCGAACUCACCUGCCACUGCCCGUACUGCAGCUGUCAGUGAGUUGUGCCCCCGAUAUUAAGUAAUCAAAUAACAUUUGACGUAUCCAAAGUAUGUGCCGAUGGGAAGAAAAUGUAUUUUAUUCCGCAAAACCAUUUGUUUAUGAUCGAUCGGCAAUGGUAAAAUAAGUGCUAGCGCGCGCGGUUGUGCAUCGUUACGUGCCGUUAGUGUGUACGACGACGACAUUCGACGAUAGGAAAGGAAAGCCUUGUCGCGGCUCGAAAGAUGGCUGUGCAAUUAGACAACAGCGGAAAAGAUGAUUUGAAAACGCAAUUUGCAACACGCGAAGGAGAGUACAGAUUAAUGACACUGUCGGAAUACUCACGGCCCAAUCGUGUCGGGUAUCAGAACAAUCAGAGCAGUCCCCAGGUGCGCGUGUCGAUCGUGUCAUUGCCAUCGCCACCGCCCCCACCCAUCGGCGGUGGUGGUCAGCUGGCCGGGGCAACCAACAGCACCAACAGCACCAACAGCAACAGCAAUAGUAUCACCCUGCCGAAGCAGCAAUCCUUUUCGAAUGGCCUGGAACACCAGACGGCGUCCGGAUACAGUACACCGGUCGGGGGCGAUCGGAUAUGUUUCAAUUACGGCAAGGAACUGUACGUCUACUCGUACCGGGGAGCUAAAAAGGCAACGGACCUCAACAAGCCUAUCGAUAAGAAACUCUACAAAGGAACCUCGCCUAGCUGCCAUGACUUCAAUGCAACGGCGGCAACGUGCGAAGGUGCCCCGCUGCUGGUGGGCUUCAGUACCGGACAAAUCCAGCUGGUCCAUCCAGGCCGCCGGGAACAGGGAAAAUUAUUCAACGAAGAGAGAAAUAUCGACAAAACUAAAGUUACCUGCUUAAAGUGGAUACCGGGAUCUCAGAAUCAGUUUUUGGUUUCGCACGCAAGUGGCUGUAUAUAUCUGUAUAACGACGAACUACCCUGUACACCGGCCACCCCGACCUACCAACCGUGCAAAGCCGGCGACGGGUACGUGGUGCUGGCCAGCAAAUCGAAAGCAACGAAAAACCCGCUCUACAAAUGGUGCUUCGGUCAGCACGAGAAUGCAAGCAUUAACGAGUUUUGCUUUUCGCCGUGCGGUCAACAUUUGGCCGUCGUGUCGCAGGAUGGCUUUCUGCGCAUCUUCCACUACGAGCAGAUGGAGCUGAUCGGCAUAGCGCGAUCAUACUUCGGUGGCUUUCUGUGUGUGUGCUGGAGCCCGGACGGCAAGUACGUGGUCGUCGGCGGUGAGGACGAUCUGGUGACGGUGUUUUCGCUGCACGAGCAGCGUGUGGUUGCCCGGGGCCAGGGUCACCGGUCGUGGGUUUCGGUCGUCGCGUUCGAUCCGUACACCACCUCGUACAGCAGCACGCUCGACGGUGACGAUCUGUCCGAUGAGGAAGUGUCGCUCAGUGAGCAGCGCAACAAUCAUCACCAUCAUCACGGUACCGGUAGCGGUUACUGUCUGCCGGACGGCGCGGCACACCCGGCAGCAAAGCAGGGCGGAUCGGUGCCGUGCACCGACAAGCUGGCCGCCCAGAAUCGGUUAGCCACCUGCUACCGGCUCGGUUCGGUUAGCCAAGAUACUCAGAUAUGUCUGUGGGACAUAACGGAGGAUGUGCUGAGGCAAUCGUUCGGUCGUGUCGUGAAAUCGGCCAAUCAUACGGGCAAAAAGGAAGUGAUGGUAAACGGGCUGUCGAAUGGGGAGAGUGAGUGUGCGGCAGGCGGAAAGUUGGAUAAGUGUGGCCCCACCAAAGGCAACAAACCGACGGAGGAUGUAGUUGAUAAUGCUAGCUUUAAACAACAGAUAAUCCCCCCUACAUUAGGCGCAAUUGGUAAUAAUAGUUUGUAUAGCGGCAGCAUCAAACCCACUAGCAGUAGUAGCACUUACGCUAAUAUGAAUUGUGAUGAUAAAGCUAAUAGCGACAGUAGCAGUGAUAAGGAAUCGGUCGAUAGUAAAACUGUUAAGCGAUCUGCGGCAGCAGCAGCAGCAGCAUCGGCGGCAGCAACCAACAGCAGCAAUCCUGGUGAGGCUGAAACGACGAUCACCACCACCGCAACCGGCAGCAGCAGCACCAGCAGCGUCGUUGGUGGCGGCAAACUGUCCUCCGGUGGCAAAAAGUCCAAGGGCGGCAGUGGUGACAGUGGGCAGCAGCAUUCCAGCAGCAGCACGUUUAACUCGAUAACGCAGCGUUUGACGAGUUUAAGCUUCGGUAGCGGCGGCAGCGGUACGAGCAGUACCAGCAGUGGCAGCGGCAGCAGCUGUGAUAAGAAUGACGGUAAGCCGGGCAGCAAGGGGACGGCCGGCGGUGGCAGCAGCAACAGCAAGCGCAGCAUCAUGGCGCUCGGCAGCAAAAGUUUUAGCAGCAACAGCAAUAGCAAUAGUCUUAACAACAAUCAUCAUGUUCUAAACAGCAGCAUCAUAAGUAAUAACAACCAAUCGGUGUCCGGUUCGCCAUCGGGCGUCGGUGGUAUGUCGAGCACGUUCACCUCGAUCAUGACGUCGUCCCUGACGAAGAGUAAAGGUUCGGGCGGCGGUGGUGCGAUCGGGUCCGGCGGUUUCGCACCCUGCGGCCGGAUCGUUUCGUCGUACGAUCCGAUGAAGCUGAUCGGUACGCCCGCCUGUCCCCGCUUCGACGACUGUCCAGUAUUAGAGCCACUGAUCUGUAAAAAGAUAGCCCACGAACGGUUGACGGCGCUGAUCUUCCGCGAGGAUUGCUUUCUGACCGCGUGCCAGGAUGGGUUCGUGUACACGUGGGCCCGACCGGGCUUUGUUAAUAUUCCACAGCAUUUAUCUUCAACACCUUCGGCACCUCCAGGGGGAACGGUAGUGUAAAUAUUUUAAGUUAAUAUUGAAUGUUCACAGAAAACAAACCUUCCCUUCGCUCCUAGCCAUCCAAAAGUAAGGAAAAUCCUAUUACAUGUUCUUUAUGUUGCGGAAUAAAAACAAGACACACAUUUUAAUAUCCGUACGAGUAAGUAAAGAAUAAGUACGUAACCUAUCAAA